AUGUUCGCAUGCUGGGUACUAAUCAGAAGUAAGAGUACGUAUGUCACUUCGCCUAUUUUCUAUGCAAAUGCAGGUUUUCAUUUCACGUUUGAACUAUGUUUCGCAAUAUUACAUGUUCUCAGAUCCGCACAUCGGCCACGCCUACACUGCCGUUCUAUGCGAUACAGCACAUCGAUGGAAUCAGCUGAAAAAUCCAAGCUCUUCUGCUUUUUUCUCAAUCGGAACGGAUGAACAUGGAAGUAAGGUACUUUUGGCUGAAAAACAGUAACUUAUUCACAAAAUUGAAGAUUUUCCGCGCUUCCCAAAAAGCAAACAAGUCACCGCAGGAGUUUUGUGAUCAAGUUUCGUCAAAGUUUUCCAAUUUAUUCGAUAAGUUAAAUAUUUCUCAUACGAAUUUCAUCAGAACCACUGACUUGGCGCAUAAAGAAGCUGUGCAACAGUUUUGGGUGAGAAUGUCGUCUCUUUGAUGAAAAGAAUGUUCAAUUAUCAGAUGAAACUUUAUGACAAAGGCUUCAUUUACAAAAGCACGUAUUCCGGAUAUUAUAGUAUCACCGACGAAUGCUUCGUUCCGGAUACUGAUGUAGAACUGAAGAACAUGGAUGGAAAUGAAGUUCAUGUUGGUUUUACUCGUGUAGUUUUUGUAACAAAUACAAUUACAGGUCAUGAAAAAGACAGCAACUCCAGUCGAAUACAUCGAGGAAGAAAAUUACAUGUUUCGGCUGUCCCAAUUUCGCGAUGGUGUGAGAGAAUGGAUAGAGAACAAGAAUGUCGUUAAACCAACAAAAUACACAUCUCUCGCUCUUGACAGUUUGGAAAUGCAGGACGAUCUGUCAGUUUCAAGAACUAGAAGCAGACUGUCGUGGGGUAUUCCAGUGCCAAAUGAUGAAUCCCAAACUGUAAUAUAGCUAAAAUAAACGACAUGAUAGUACGAUGUUUUCAGAUCUACGUCUGGCUGGAUGCACUCGUCAAUUAUUUGACUGUCUCCGGAUACCCAAAGGAACAAUCUGUGUGGCCGCCUACGUGUCAAGUAAUUGGAAAAGACAUCAUAAAGUAAAUCAAAAUUAAUCGACCAACUGUUCAAACAACAUUCCAGGUUUCAUUUGUAUUACUGGCCUGCAUUCCUGAUGGCUGCUGGUUUUCCUCUCCCGGAAAAGAUCUUUAUUCACGGUCAUUGGCUCGUUGACAAUGUGAAAAUGUCGAAAAGCUUGGGGAAUGUGAUUGAUCCGAACGAGGCAAUAGAAAAUCUUACUUCGGAAGGUCUUCGUUAUUUUCUACUGAAACAAGGAAAUCCCAGUUACGAUUGUAGUAAGUUACAAUACAAUUGCCGAAAUUAAAGAGUGUUGUUCCAGGUUUCAAUUGGAAUAGCUGUCUGGAGACUAUAAACAGUGAUAUCGUCAACAACGUGGGAAAUCUUCUGAACAGAAGCACAGUGGCGAAAAUCAACAAAGACAUAGGAUAUCCAAAGAUGUCGUUAGAAGACAUGGACACAGAAGUGAAACAUAAUGCGGAGAGACUCAUCGGAAUGCUUCAAGAAGCAAAUGGUUCCACUAAAACUUCCAAUUGGAUCACAAAUGAGUUUUGCAGAAAUCUGCGUGGAACUCUACGAAAGUAUGUACUACUACAAGGUCAUCGAGCAUCUCAUGCUGAUCAUGAAAGAAGCGAACCGAGUUUUCCAACUCAGUCAGCCCUGGAAAGAAAAAGAUGAGCAGAAGCUGAAAAGUGUCCUCUUCGUCACGUACGAAUCACUGCGGAUUAUUUCCAUUCUUUUGCGACCAGUGACUCCCACACUGUCAGCAUUCUGCUUAGAUAGGUAAAAAUAUACUUAAUUUGUAAAAUUGUCAUUAACCAAUUCACAGGUUAGGAAUAGAAAAAAAUCAACGAGGCAUCAGUAACACGCCACUUGGCUGCUUCUCAGGUGGAAAUCUUGGUCGAGAUCAAGGCGUUUUCAUAGAUAGAAUUCAGAAAUAAUGUUCUCAACGGCUGUAGAAAUUUCUUGACUUCCUUUUUAUUGUUUCCAUGUUUUUGUUUUUGUUUUUGAAAAACUGUUUCUUACUACAACGUCGCUCGCUUUAUUUUUGAUUUUGUUUAUUUCAAUACUGCAUAUCUACAAGUUGUGUUUUCUAAAACACAUUCCUCAAUUUAUAAAUUGUUCAGAACUCUGGGAAAUAAUGAGUGCUGAUGCUCCGAAAGUUGAGGAAUGUUCCGAAGAAGUGCUGCGGCGAAGAGAACUUAUUCUGCGCAAUCUGCAGGUAUCCUGCUCAUUCUGUUUAAUCUUUUAUCGAUGUUUCAGGAGUCGCUCGGAGUCGACAAACUGACGAAGCAGCUCUCAACUGAUGGAAAAGUUCCUCAUUUGUACUGGGGAACUGCGACUACCGGAAAGCCUCAUGUGGGAUACCUCGUGCCGAUGCGCAAAAUUGCCGAUUUCCUCCAAGCUGGGCUCAACGUGACCAUUCUGUUUGCUGAUCUCCAUGCUUUUCUGGAUAACAUGAAAAGCACGUGGGAACUUCUGGAAAAUCGUGUGAUCUACUACCAAUGUGUUAUCAAAGCAUUGCUGCAGUCAUUGGAUGUCCCGAUCGACAGACUGCAUUUCGUCAAAGGAACAGAAUACCAACUAUCUAGAGCUUACACUGAUGAUGUUCUUCGUUUGAGUGCUCAAGUUUCGCAACGUGAUGCUCUGAAAGCUGGAGCUGAGGUGGUCAAACAAGUCGCUUCUCCACUCCUUUCCGGUCUUCUUUACCCUCUCCUACAAGCACUCGACGAACAGUAUUUGAAAGUUGACGGACAGUUCGGCGGAGUUGAUCAACGGAAAAUCUUUAUCUUGGCCGAAGAGCAGCUGCCAAAGCUGAAACUCGGAAAACGAUGGCAUCUGAUGAAUCCAAUGGUUCCAGGGUUGACUGGAACCAAAAUGAGCAGCUCUGAGGAAGAUUCAAAGAUAGACGUUCUCGACGAUCCAGCAAAGGUUUUGGCGAAGAUCGAAGGAGCAGCCUGCUCACGGAACGAACCAGACAAUGGAGUUCUUGCUUUCUACAACUUUGUCCUCUUUCCCAUCGUCUCGCCAGAUGCCAUUGAAAUCUCGAAUCAAGAGUUCUUUAAUUUUGAAUCUCUGUUGGCCGCGUUCUUGGAGGGAAAACUCGACGCUGAAGCCUUGAAGAAGUAUCUGGGAGAAUUCCUCGGAUCUCUUCUGAACAAAGUGCGUACGCGUUGUGAUACUGACGAAGUGAAGAGCGCCAUUCAAAAAGGAUAUCAUGUGACUGCCAGCUCCGAAUCGGCCACCGAGACCGUCUCAAAAGUUCUUCCGACACUGAACAGCGAGCAAAAGUCGUGGAAGGAGUUCCUUAUCCGAGGAAACGAUAUUUUCAAUGACGAAAAUCUAGACGAGACGCUCGCCAACGUUUCAACAGACAAACCUCUUCGUGUGGCUUUUGUAGCUCACGCGAAAGGAAAGUUUCAUCUCGGUUUCGUAGCGCCACUUCUUAGAAUUAAAAAGCUGGUGGAGGAUGGGGUUCCAAUCACUGCCAUAGUUUUGGUGUCAGAUAUUGAAGCCUAUUUGGAUAAUGAGAAAGUCUCCUGGGGAGCAAUUGAAGCGAGAGCGAUCUACUGCAGAGAAGUGUUCACUUCGCUCAUCAGGGAACUGAAAUUGGAGACUGUCGUUGCAGUCAGCAUUGCAGCGGAAAUCGACGGAUACUUCUCAAGGUGCUUGUAAUUUCUACAGUUUAUUGAAUGUCUGUUGUAUUUCAGUGACUACGUGCUAGAUUUUUACAAAAUGGCGUCGGCAGUUACUCGCGAUGAGACCACCAUUUGUGAAGGAACUGCUCUUUCUGGAAAUCUCGUCCCUCUUCUCUACACUCUGAACACUCGCCUUGUCUCUCCAGAUGUAGUCAUAAUAGGAAGUGAUGCCACAAAUUAUGCGACUCUUUCCGCAAAACUUCUUCGCUUCUUGGGACAGCGCCCUGUUGCUCACCUAUCUGUUCCCACUAUUCCCGGAUGCAAUGGAUCGAAGAUGAGCUGCUCGAGUCCCGAUUUCUUGUUAGAUCCGCUAGACACUGCGAAGCAAACGAAAACGAAGAUUGCUAGGUGGGACUGGUCUUUUAAUAAAUAAUUUCAAAACGUAUUUCUUUUCAGAAGCUUCUGUGAGCCCGGAAACUUGGAUGGAAAUGUUACAAUGAUGCUGGCGGAGCAGGUCAUCUUCCCCCUUCUGAGCGGAUCCUCUUUCAACAUUUAUCGUGCUGCUGACAAUGGUGGAGACGUUGCUGUGAACAACUACCAGGAAUUGGAACAUGAAUUCGUGACCGGAUCCAACCCUGAUUUCCCGCUUCAUCCUGGAGAUUUGAAGAACGCCGUUGUGAACAUUGUGAAUGGGUAUGACAUACUUUAAAACGCUACUUUUCAAAUUUGCUAUUUUCAGACUUUUCGAUGGAAUUCGCAAAGAUUUCGUUGACAAAGCUCGACUGAAGAUAGUCGCUGAUGCAUUUUCCACAUCGAAGGGAAAGAAAAAGUAA